AUGUAUAAGAUCAUGGAGGAGAAUGUCGAUGACCUGUUGACCUCAAACUUGUGGCUGUCUCUCGUGGCUGAGUUUACCGGAACUCUGGCCAUCACACUGUUGGGAUGUGGCGCUUGGUCGACUGGAGCCGGGGUGCUGCAGGUAGCCCUGACCUUUGGCCUGACUGUAGCCACGGUGACCUGGGUGUUCAACCACAUCUCAGGCGGUCAUUUCAACCCUGCGCUGACCGUAGCUAGCCUCUUUACCAGGCGGGUCAGCAUCAUUCGGGGCUUCCUGUACAUCAUCAUCCAGAUAGCCGGAGCUAUAUCCGGUGCCGGUAUCCUGUACCGCCUGACCCCGGGAGGUUCUCAGCGAAACCUGGGCAUCAACGAACUGUCAGCUGAAAUCACCACAGCUCAAGGGUUUGGGAUCGAGCUGUUGAUUACCUUCGUCUAUGUUCUGGCUGUUUCUGCUUCCGGGGACGAGAAGAGGUCAGAUCUGAAGGGGUCAGCCCCACUUACCAUUGGCCUGGCUGUGGUCACGUGUCACCUGUUUGCUGUUCCAUAUACCCGGGCGGGAAUGAACCCAGCACGCAGCUUUGGUCCAGCUCUGAUCCUCAGCGCCUGGAAAGAUCACUGGGUGUUCUGGUUGGGUCCGGCCGUGGGCGCCACACUUGCUGGCCUGGUGUAUGAGUACAUUUUUGCAGCUGGCGCCACUUUUGUAGGACUGAGGAAAUGUCUGCUGCAGACAAAGCGGCCCAGGAGACAGCCAGAACCAGAGAAGGCUCCUCUAGAGGAAGUCAAAGACGAGGUCAUCGAGAUCGAUGAAUCAAAAGUAGACAGUGAGAAACAGGGCAACGAUGCAGACACCACCAAAGAUGAGGAGUCCAAGAAUCAGUAG